UGAUGAUUAGGAAUUUUCCUUAAUUAAUAGUAGUUUGCCUAUGGUAGAUGGAUGGUGGGAACAUGAACAAUGCAAAUGGUACUAGCAAUAGCUACUCUCGGGAUGUGGUCCGUGAUGUAGAUGGUCAAGACCAUCUGGCCCAUUUGCUUGCUGAUAUUAUUGAAAAGCAAGAAAGAACCCAACAAAGGCAAAUGCAAAUAGUAGAACACAUUGUGAGGAGUGAUGGGAAACGUAAUAGACUUGGAGAUUUUCAGAAGUUGAAGCCUCCAACUUUCCUAGGUACAUCUAAUCCUUUGGAAGCUGAAGAUUGGAUUAUAGCCAUGGAAAAAGCCUUUGAUGCAAUGGAUUGUACUGACAAUGAGAGAGUUUCCUUUGCAACGUUCAUGCUACAGUCUAGUGCAUUCGAGUGGUGGGAUGCUCAUAGGAAGUCCUACGAGCAAGGUGUUCAAAUUACAUGGAAGUUAUUUAAGGAAGAUUUCUAUCAAAAAUACUUCCCAGAAAGUGUUAAAAGGAUAAAGGAGAAAGAAUUCCUUGAAUUAAAACAGGGGCACAAAUCAGUUUCAGAUUAUGAAAUUGAGUUUUCUAGACUUGCUCGAUUUGCCCCAGCUUUUGUUCAAACUGAUAGUUCAAAGGCCCGACGGUUUGAGAGUGGACUGCGCCAACCUCUUAAGCGCCGCGUUGAAGCCUUUGAGUUAAACUCAUUUAGAGAGGUUGUGAACAAGGCCCAACUUAUGGAGAAGGGUUACCAUGAAGAAAAGAAAGAAAUUGACCAACCGUCGAAAAAGAUGAAAGUUGAUCACCAACACUUCGAUUAUGAAAGGGAGGUUAAUUUUGGACAUCCUAAAAGUGUAAAUUAUAAACCCCAAGAAAGAUCAUGCCCUAUAUGUGAGGAAGAUCAUCGUCCAAAUGUUUGUCCACAACGUUGGGGACGGUGCUACAGAUGUGGAGAACCUGGGCACACUCAGGAUUGGUGUCAUUUGUUGUCUAAUAGCACAUUUCAUAAAGAGAAGCCAAGAGCCGUGAUGUUGCCAGCACCUUCUCAACAACUAUAUCUGCCAGGACCUCCACAAGCGCCCAAUUGCUCAUCGGAUGCAUCAUCUCAUGGCAUGCCGAGCAAGGUGUCUAGGCAGCAACCAAAUAACGGUUGGAAGAAUCGUGGCGGAAACCGUGCUCGGGUAUACAACUUGGUCAAAAAUAACGAAGGCGAACUUCAUAAUGAGGUGCCAGGUCCGAAGGAGGCUGAGGUUUAAUCGUCAAGGAAAUAAGGUCCGAAGGAGGCUGAGGUUUAAUCGUCAAGGAAAUAAGAUUAUAAUGAGGAUCAAGAUAUGAAUGAAGGGCUUGGGGAGUGACGUCUUGGCGUAGGAGUUUUCAAUAUCUUUAGUUGUUUACAGUUUUCUACAAUAAGAGAAUUAAUGUCCAGCCUCCGAGGUUUAGAAGGCUGAACGCUUCAAUGUAAUGGCUUGCAUACAAGAUUGAAUAAAGUACAUCUUUGUGCCA